AUGGUAAUGCGCAUCGCAAAGCGAUUUGGAGUACCUGUCGCAUAUCCCAAUAGGAGCGUACCAGCUGAACGCGACGCAUUGCGCAAUGGCCUUGCACAAUGUCGCGCACGCGUUGACAUUUGCGACGCCACUGGUCCGGUCGAUGAAGUACGACUGGCCACCUCCGUCGCCGGGAGUGUUGCAGAUUGGUCCACAAAUAUACUGAGAGAUGACCAGAUGGUUGAUGUUGAUAUGGUGGUUAAUAAAGAAGAAGAAGAGGAUGACGUGCUAGUCGCCGAUACUGGCGUACUUGUCGAUGAAGAGGAGGUCGAUAUUAGAGUAGUCGAUGUUGAUGUACUGCCAGACAUUGAAGUACUUGAAGUUGGCACACUGCUGGUUGUAGGGUUGGUGGACACUGAUGUACUCGAAGAUGCUGAAUUGGGGAAUCUUGAGGUAGAGGAUGUUGAAGCGGACGUUAUUGAAGAGCUGGAUAUAGCUGUGCUCAAAGAUGUGGACGUGCCAGAAACCGAAGUGCUCGCAGAGGCUACGAAGUUCGAUGCCGGAGAGCUUGUGUACGUUGAGGUGGUAGGACUGACCGUGCUGCUAGACGUCCGAGUGGAGGUGAAUUCCGAGCCAAAUCCCGCUCUAUUGCCUGUACUAGGGGUUGAGACGGACGUAGGAACGGGAUUUGCACUCGGCGAUAGAGAGGCAGGUGUCAAGGGCGUCGCUAUAUCUGGGCUACUUGCUCUACUCAGUGAUAUAGACGAAACAAUACUGGUACUUCUCGUACUAUAUGGGGUUGUUAUAGAGCGAAGCUCAGACGUUGGGUUACCUGAUAUAGCCGCUGAGGCAACCGGCAUCGAAGUCGUAGGUGAAGCGGCAGACGGGAGUGCGGUAGAAUGGACCGAAGCGAAAGAAAAUGAUGGGGGAGACGAGCUCAUGGAAGUUUUGGGAGAUUCCAAGGUGAGACCAGACAGAGUGGGUGGCUUAGAAGCUGUGGCCGAGAAAGCCGGAAGCAUAAUUGUAGGAUUAGGCACCGAAGGCGGCUGCGAUCUUACCGUAAUGUUACUCUUUGAUGAGGAUGAGGAUGAUUUGGUCGAGACAGCUACUAGGGAUACUGAAGCUGUCGCGGAGGUGGACUUGAUGAAGGCUGAUGAGGAAAGUGGAGAGACGGUGGAGACUUUGGAAGAACCGCUGGAUUUGGCUGAUGUUGCAGAUUUGCUUGAUGAUAUGCUAGAAGUUGCUGGUGGGUGA